AUGAAGUUCAUGCUCGUGGCCGCCAGUCUGGUGGCUCUUCUGGCCUUCACAAACGCUGAAGAGGCCAAGAAAGCAGAAACGGAAGUGGCAGUGGCUGACAACAAAGAAGCAGAAGCUGACGACAAGAAAGUCGAGAAACGCGGGCUGCUCAACCUCGGAUACGGACAUGGGGGUUACGAGGGUGGAUUUGGCAGCGGCAUAGGUGGCGGUUUCGGCGGGAGCUACGGCGGCGGUUACGGUGGCGGCUACGGAGGCUACGGUGGGCACGAGACCUCUGUGCACAAAACCAUCACCGUGGUUAAGAACGUGCCAAUCCCUUACCCAGUUGAGAAACAUAUCCCAGUCCCAGUCGAAAGGCAGGUUCAUGUGCCCGUCAAGGUCCCAGUGCCCCAGCCCUACCCAGUAGUCAAACAUGUCCCAUACCCAGUCAAGGAAUUGGUCAAAGUACCAGUACACGUACCCCAGCCCUACCCUGUUGAGAAGAAGGUGCCUUACCCCGUGCACGUGCCGGUUGACAGGCCCUACCCCGUUAAGGUCCUCGUUCCCCAACCCUACCCAGUAGAGAAACAUGUACCUUACCCCGUUAAAGUGCCCGUGCCAGCACCCUACCCCGUCGAAAAGCAGGUGCCCUACCCCGUGAAGGUCCCAGUGCACGUCCCCGCACCCUACCCAGUUGUCAAGGAGGUGCCUUACCCCGUUAAGGUGCCAGUCGACAGGCCCUACCCCGUGCACGUUCCCAAACCCGUACCGUACCCAGUUGAGAAGCCUGUUCCCUACCCAGUAGAGAGACCUGUGCCCUACCCAGUCAAGGUUCCAGUAGACCGUCCCGUGCCCGUGCAUGUUGAGAAGCCAGUGCCGUACCCCGUGAAAGUGCCCGUGCCGGCGCCCUACCCCGUCGAGAAGCACGUCCCGUACCCAGUUGAGAGGCCGGUACCAGUGCCGGUGAAGAUCCCCGUGGACAGACCCUACCCCGUCCACAUCGAGAGACACGUGCCCGUCCACGUCGAGAAACCCGUACCUUACCCCGUCAAGGUGCCAGUACCGAUUGUUGUCAGCCAUGGACACGAGUAUGGCCAUCAUGGAAGCUAC